CCCGUUUGUGCCCCCCAGGUGCAGUGGCUGCUGGACAAUUACGAGACGGCCGAGGGGGUGAGCCUGCCCCGCAGCGCGCUCUACUGCCACUACCUGCUGCACUGCCAGGGCCACAAGCUGGAGCCCGUCAACGCCGCCUCCUUCGGCAAGCUCAUCCGCUCCGUCUUCAUGGGGCUGCGCACGCGCCGCCUGGGCACCAGGGGUAACUCCAAGUACCACUACUACGGGCUGCGCAUCAAGGCGGGCUCGCCGCUGCUGCGCCUGGUGGAGGACCAGCAGCACCUGGCCAUGCGGCAGCAGCCCUUCGCCCAGAAGCAGCGGCUGAAGCCGGUGCAGAAGGUGGAGGGGGGGAGGGGUCACCAACGGGGUCUCCUCCGGCCCCGCCCCCCCCCGGCGUCCCCGACAUCAGCGCAGGUGCAGCAGUACCAGCAGUUCCUGGACGCCUCCCGCUCGCUGCCCGAGUUCCCGGCCCUGGAGCUGCCGGGCGGGCCCGUGCCCGAGGGCGCGGGGCCCGAGGACGUGCGGAUGUUCCAGCAGCUCUACCGGGAGCACUGCGAGGCCAUCGUGGACGUGAUGAUCAACCUGCAGUUCUCGCUGGUGGAGACGCUCUGGAAGAGCUUCUGGCGCUGCAGCGGCGACAGCCCCCCUGGUGUUUUGGGGUGCCCCCGGUUUUGGGGUGACCCCUGCGCCCGUCCCCCAGGCAGGAGGAGGUCCGAGCGGCGCCUGCCGCGGCGGCGGCUGCUGCUGCUGGCCCGGCUGGAGCCGGUGCUGCGCUGGGUGCGCGACUGCGACCACGCCCUGUACCAGGGGCUGGUGGAGAUCCUGGUGCCCGACGUGCUGCGCCCCAUCCCCAGUGCCCUCACCCAGGCCAUCCGUAACUUUGCCAAGAGCCUGGAGAGCUGGCUGGGCAACGCCAUGGUCAGCAUGCCCGAGGAGCUGGUCAGGGUCAAGGCGGCGGCAGCGGGCGCCUUUGCCCAGACCCUGCGCCGGUACACGUCCCUGAACCACCUGGCGCAGGCGGCGCGCGCCGUGCUGCAGAACACGGCCCAGAUCAGCCAAAUGCUCAGCGACCUCAACCGCGUGGACUUCGCCAACGUGCAGGAGCAGGCGGCCUGGGUGUGCCGCUGCGAGGCGCGCGUGGUGCAGCGCCUGGAGCAGGAUUUCAAGGCCACGCUGGGCCAGCAGCACUCGCUGGAGCAGUGGGCGGCCUGGCUGGACGCCGUGGUGGCCAAAGUGCUGCGGCCACACCUGGGCCGCCCGGGGCUGCCCCGCGCCGCCAAGCUCUUCCUGCUCAAGUGGUCCUUCUACAGCUCCAUGGUGAUCCGGGACCUGACCCUGCGCAGCGCCGCCAGCUUCGGCUCCUUCCACCUCAUCCGCCUGCUCUACGACGAGUACAUGUACUACCUGGUGGAGCAGCGCGUGGCACGGGCGCGGGGCACCUGCCCCAUCGCCGUCAUGGGCGAGUUUGCCAACCUCACGAGCUCCCUGAACUCGCAGGACCCCGACAAAGACGAGGACGAGGAGGAGGAGGAGGAGAGCGACGAAGAGCUGCCGGCAGAGCUGGGGCUGGGGGGGGGGCGAGGGCCCCCCCGAUGCUCUGGAGCCCCCCCUGGAGCCCCCCCUGGACCCCCCCCCGGCCAAGCUGCCCCGGGCCGACCCCCGGGGGGGGCUCUUCGUGCAGGCGCUGCCCUCCAGCUGAGCCCCCCGCCCCCCCCGGGGGGCACAAUGUGCCUUAAGCCGCGCCGGGACCGUGCCAAAGCCCCCCGCCCCCCCGGGAUGGCCCCUCCCCCCGGGGGUCCUGGGGAGGGGGGGGUGGGUGGGGGAGGGGAACCGGGGGGGGGCAGGGAAUGAACCCCCCCUCCCCCCCAUCCUGCAGUGCCGCCCCCCCCUCCCCCUCCCCCGCUGCCUUACGCCCCCCCCCCCCGCAUGUCGGGCCCCUCCCCCCCCCAGCGCUUCGCCCCGCCCCCCCCCGUCUCGAUUUUGGCGUUUUUGGGUCAUUUUGUGCUUUGUGCCCCCCGCGGGGGGAGGGGCCGUGUCCGUGUGGAAAUUGAAGCCAAACCUGGAAUUGUUUUGGGGAGGGGGGGGGUGGGGUUUGGGGGGGGGGUCUGGGGGGGGGUGGGGUGGGUUGGGGUUUGCCCCCCCCCUGCCCCCAUCCCUCCCCUCCCCCCCCAGCGUGUGCCCCCCGCCCCUCCCCCCCUGCAGACGCUGUUUUUUACCUUUUGUAGCUUCUUUGUAAAAGGAAUAAAAAGCGACGGCGGUGUCGGGCCGGG